UUUUGCGGUAGUUGUCGCUCUGCAGUCAGCUCGUUCGUUUCAUACGUUUUGUUCACUAUACAAGUUUGCGAAGGAAGGAAAGAGAUAUAGUAAAAGUAAUCGUGAUUGCAAAAAUAAUGCCAGCGUCCAGUGUUUGUAACGGAACAUGCCAAAGAAAUGUGCAAAAAAUCAAUUAAGAUGUAACGCGCAGCUUAAGCUUGUAUAGACCCCAUCCCAGUCAUUGUAAUCCAACCAAAGGUGCAAGAAGCAGCAGAGUAUAAAACGACGGGUUCCUAGAAGUAGCUUAUCCCUUAGACACAAAUUAUCGCGAGAAGUACAUAAGCCAAAUGACUGCCAAUAGCCUCCUGGGACGAUCAAUAUUAAAUGAAGGGCGUUCCAAUAAACGAUCGUUUGUGUCCCUCAUUGUGGGACUGGUUGUAGGCUUUUGCCUGGCCGAACUGUUUGUCUACUCUUCCACGCCGGAACGUGCUGAAUUUGAGCCCUAUGAAGGACAUCGGCAUGGCGAUGUUAACGAUGCCCAUCAUAGCCACGAUAUGCUGGAGCUCUCUGGGCCCGAACAGGACGUGGGCACCCAUGAACAUGUCCAUGAGAACUCAACCAUCGCUGAGAAACUAUAUAGUGAAGUUAAAAUUUUGUGUUGGAUUAUGACCAAUCCAGCCAAUCAUCAGAAGAAGGCGCGACAUGUGAAACGGACAUGGGGCAAGCGUUGUAAUAAACUCAUAUUCAUGAGCUCGGCGAAAGAUGAUGAAUUGGAUGCGGUGGCUCUACCCAUUGGCGAAGGACGCAACAAUUUGUGGGGCAAGACCAAAGAAGCUUACAAAUAUAUCUAUGCCAAUCAUAUCAAUGAUGCCGAUUGGUUCCUCAAGGCUGAUGAUGACACCUACACGAUAGUGGAGAAUAUGCGUUAUAUGCUUUAUCCCUAUAAUCCAGAGACUCCAGUUUAUUUUGGCUGCAAAUUCAAGCCGUAUGUAAAGCAGGGCUACAUGUCUGGAGGAGCUGGUUAUGUUCUCAGCAAAGAGGCAGUCAAACGUUUUGUUACCGAGGCCAUACCCAAUCCAAAACUUUGCAAGCAGGACAACACGGGAGCUGAAGAUGUCGAAAUUGGAAAGUGCUUGGAGAACGUAAAAGUAUUAGCCGGAGAUUCACGUGAUAGCAAUGGAAGAGGAAGAUUCUUUCCCUUUGUGCCAGAACAUCAUUUGAUACCGUCGCAUACGGACAAGAAGUUCUGGUAUUGGCAAUAUAUCUUCUACAAGACGGAUGAGGGUUUGGACUGCUGUUCGGAUAAUGCCAUAUCGUUUCACUAUGUCUCCCCCAAUCAAAUGUAUGUCCUGGACUAUCUCAUCUAUCAUUUGAGGCCGUAUGGUAUUAUAAAUGCGCCCGAUGCAUUGCCAAAUAAAUUAGCUGUGGGUCAACUUAUGCCGGCGCCUAAAGUUUCUCUCACAGAGCAAUCUACCGAGGAGGCUUCCUCGAAAGUUUCCACAGACAACAAAACACCAUGAUCGUUAAUUUAGAUAGGCCAGGACUCUUCAUGUAUAUAAGUCUUCAUGUACAUAAUUAUUUAAUCGAUCAUCGUACAUAGAUACAAUGUAUUUGCCAUUUCGAUAUAGAAGAUAGUUCAAUUGCAUUCUCGUUUGUACAAAGAAUACCCAAAACUAGUAAUACUUGCUUACUGUUACCUUAGUUUGUACUAAUUAAGAAACUCAUCAACUGAAAUGCACAUGUUUAGGUUAAUACAAGAACAUAAUUUCUGCCAGUAAGUUUCUAUUUAGUUAGACCAUUAAACAUUUUGAUAAAGACAUAGAUUAUAGUUAUACACAUAGUAGUGUUUAUUAGCCAUAUACAGUUGUCUCAGUUGUUAUUACAGAGAUGUGUAUUACCACUAUAUGUACCAAUAAAUUAUAAAUGUAAAAUA